AUGUAUACUGUUUUAUUGUUAUUUUUACUUUAUUCUCCUAUUAUUUUAUCUGAUGGUGUAAGUUACUCCUGGGGUUAUACAAAGGAAAAUGGACCAGAUAAAUGGCAAGGAACAUGUAAUGAUGGUAUUCAUCAAUCACCAAUUGAUAUAUCUGGAGAAAAUGUUAUUGUAAAACAUAUGCCAAGACUUCAUUUUGUUAAAUAUAAUCGUAAAGGACAAGUUGAAAUUAUAAAUACAGGAUCUAGUAUUAUGGCUACUGGUUUUACAGAAUGGAAAGAACAUAGACCAUAUAUUACAGGAGGACAUUUACAAUCAAAAUAUAAUCUUGUUCAAUGGCAUAUUCAUUGGGCACAACAAAAUGGAAAUGGUUCUGAACAUACAAUUGGAAUGUUACAUUAUCCAGUUGAGAUACAUUUUGUACAUGUUAAAGAUGGAUUAUCAGUUAGUGAAGCUUUGAAACAUCCAGAUGGAUUAGCUGUUGUAGGUGCAUUUUUUGUUGUCAAAAAUGAUAUUGUUAAUUCAUAUUCUUUUGAAGAUGUUGAAUUAAAUGUUAAUUCAAUACUUGAAAAAAAUAUGAAUGUCACAAUUACAAGUCAUAGACCAAGAAAUCUUUUACCAAAAUCAGUUGAUAGUUUUUAUCGUUAUGAAGGUUCACUUACUACACCUGGAUGUAAUGAAGCUGUCGUUUGGACUGUUCUUGAUAAUCCAAUUGUAAUAAGUCAAAAUCAAAUAGAUACAUUAAGAAAAAUUAAAACUGUUAAUUUUAAUAAUAGACCAACUCAACCUUUAAAUGGAAGAAAAAUUUACUACAGACCACAUAAUAUUCAAUCAUUUCUUACUGAUUAUAUUGCACAAAUGCCCCGAUCUGGAAUAUCAAAGACAUUUCCUUCAAAUGUAUUUGCAUUAAUAUCAAUUAUCUUUUCAAUAUUUCUUAAAGUUCUUUUUUAUUAA